CCCCUCCGCCCACCACUUCAACUUGCUCAGGUUUCUAAGUCUCAAAACAGAACCGAUACCCUGCCCUCAAUCCCGUGUCCUCCCUGAACAUCUCGGAUCUCCUUUCCCCACACGGGGCGUCCCUGACAGAGAGCCCCCCGCACCUGCCGUAGCUCCCUGCUUUCUAUCCCCAGAUGGGCCACUGACACCACCCGGCAAAGUUCGCUGGGACAGCACGGAGCUGGGGCCACAUGCAGGGACAUCAGUUUAUUUAGUAUCUGGGUGGCCACUGACGCUUCGUCUCCUUCCUCCCUGUACCUGCUCUCCCCUUGUUUCCAGGCUUCUCUGGACCCUCCUGGGCCCCAGGUCAUGGUUUCUCUGCACCUCCUCUUUCCUCUACGUUACCUGAGCUCUCGACCCAUAAAUACUCCUGCCUACUAGAAGUUUCUCUCUGCUUACCUGACCCGCAUCUCCAGCACACUUCCACAUGACCGAGUCUGGGAUCACGUGUGCAUUCAGUCGUCUUGUCCCCUGGGUCUCCUCUGCUCCAUGACAGUUUCUCAGUCCCUUUGUUUAUCAUGACCUUGACGGAGGAGUCCGGGUCAGGGAUUUUGCAGAAUGUUCCUCAGUGUGGAUUUGUCUGCUCUCUGCACCUGUAGGUCUCUGGUGAGCCACCCAUGGCUGUCUCGUCUGCCCUGGUUAGAGUCCCAAAUCUUCCUCAGAUGGAAUGUCCGGGCCUGGUGAUCGGAUUCUGGAAGGCUCUGCGCCCACACAGAAUGGCGGGAAGUCCAGGCCUGAGUCUGGGCUGGGGGAGGUUUGGCUUCCCCGACUUCCCGGGCCAUCUCGCCCUGCCCACUGCCAACUCCACGUCCACCCACACAGCGCCUUUGACUUUCCCGAGGCUGACGUUCCACGGCCGGACGCCCCCGCACCUUCCCUGGCUCUGCAUGUGCCCCCAGCCGCCACUGGGCUUCCCCUCCAGACCCUGUCCUCCACGGCUCAGCCUCUGCCUGGGGCUGGAGCCUCGCGCCCCCUCGCCGGGCCCUCCGGUCUCCUGGGCUUGUCUCAGCCUCCAGCCAGUGCGGAGUCUCCCUCUCCCCUUCUUGGCCUCAGGUCUCUGGACAGAAGAGACUUGGCCACUCCUUUCCCUUAACAGCUGGGGCCACGCAGAGCAGGCUGCGGGGGAUUUUCCACAGAAAAGGGGUGGUGAAGCGGGAUGCACUCAUGGGGACACCGAGUGGCUCCGUGCCCAGGGGCUGCUCCAGGAAGCUCGCCCACGGCUCUGGCUAUCUCGGAAGGCUCCCAGGGGACAGCAUCCAAUCUGGGCCUGGAGUUGCGGCCAAAGAAGAGGAGGGGAAGGCGCGCCCCGCAGGUCCCCCCAGGGGUGGCAGCUCAAAGUUGGUGGAAAGGAGGGGGGCAUCCGUUUCCAAAUCUUGUCUGAUCCACACUUUGCCUCUUUCCCCUCCUUACCCUGUAGCAACGGCCUUUGUCCAAAGGGACAGGCAUUUUACUUAUGGAGUAUUUAUUUUAUUUUAGUAGGCUCCAUGCCCCGUGCGGGGCUUGAACUCAUGACGCUGAGAUCAAGAGGUGGACGCUUAACCCGCCGAGCCACCCAGACGCCCCUGCGCCUGGAGUGUUCCGCGUCACGUGGGCUCAUGCCUCCAGCAUGGCCCACGGCCCACUGUCUGUGGGACGCAGCCCAGGUGACUCACCAGCCACACCUGUUCUGCCCCAGUGCAUCUUCCCGAGGUAACGUGGGCGUGCCUUCCCUUCAGCGGAACAUAAAGAAGUUCUUGUUCAGGAUUUGGGAGACUGCUUGGCCCCACCACGCCAGGAAUCUGUCUCCUGAGAUUCCGACCCCAGCUAAGCUGACCUCUGCCAUUCAUUUCCCCUAUGCCGACUUCUCCCUUUGCCACUGCCGAGAGCAACCCCCACCCCCACCCCUGUCCCCACCUCUGAUCUUAGGAAUUCAGCUCAUGAUAGAGUGAUAGAUUCAUCUCCUCCGGGACCAAGUGCCAGCCCUGGCUUAAAAAUUUUUUGUUUUGUUUUUUAUUUAUUUUUGAGAGACAGAGAGAGAUAGUGCGAACA